AUGAUGAAUCCAAGGACGCCGUUUCUCAGUGGCGAGGUCGAGGAGGCUUAUGCUCCGGCGAGAACAUGGAGCGAUUUCAAGCGGGUUUUUUCUACAGAAUCGGCCAAUAUGUGGAUGAUCGCUGCUCCCAUUGGUUUCAACAUCAUCUGCGAGCAUGGCGUUACAUCCACCACCAAUAUCUUCGCCGGCCAUAUCGGCGAGGUCGAGCUCUCCGCCGUCUCCAUCUCCCUCUCCGUCAUCGGCCUUUUCUCCUUCGGCUUCCUGCUUGGCAUGGCAAGUGCACUGGAAACACUCUGUGGCCAAGCGUUUGGAGCGGGCCAAGUCCAUAUGUUAGGGGUUUAUUUGCAGAGAUCUUGGCUUAUCCUAUUCGUCUCCUGCAUCUUCCUCCUUCCUCUUUACAUCUUCGCCACGCCGGUUCUGAGACUCCUCGGUCAAGCAGAGGAGAUCGCGGUUCCAGCUGGAGAGUUCACUCUUCUAACCAUCCCUUAUAUCUUCGCACUCGCCUUCAAUUUCCCAACCUCCAAGUUCCUUCAAGCGCAAGGCAAAGUCAUCGCGAUCACUGUGAUUGGGUUCUUCGCUAUUCUCCUACACGUCGGUAUGCUGUGGCUCUUUAUAUUCGUGUUUGGUUGGGGAACGAACGGUGCCGCCUUGGCGUUUAAUCUCACCAACUGGGGAAUAGCGAUCGCUCAAGUCGUUUAUGUGAUCGGUUGGUGUAACGAAGGCUGGACCGGUCUGUCUCCGCAGGCCUUUAGAGAUAUUUGGGAUUUCGUUAGGCUCUCCAUUGCAUCUGCUGUUAUGCUUUGUCUUGAGAUGUGGUACAUGGCCAGUAUCAUCGUCCUUGCUGGUCGACUUGACAACGCUGUUAUCGCGGUUGAUUCCCUUUCCAUAUGCAUGAAUCUCAAUGGCGUGGAGGCCAUGUUGUUCAUCGGAAUAAACGCUGCUAUAAGUGUCCGUGUCUCCAAUGAGCUUGGCUUAGGCCGUCCGCGAGCAGCUAAAUACUCUGUCUAUGUCACGGUGUUCCAGUCUCUCCUCAUCGGUCUUGUCUUUAUGGUGGCUAUCAUCAUAGGCAGGGACCAUUUUGCCAUCAUCUUCACGAGCAGCAAAGUAAUACAACACGCAGUGUCCAAGCUAGCUUAUCUUCUUGGUAUAACCAUGGUUCUCAACAGCGUGCAGACAGUCAUUUCCGGUGUGGCUGUUGGAGGUGGUUGGCAAAGUUUAGUGGCUUAUAUAAACUUGGGUUGUUACUACAUUUUCGGCCUUCCCUUUGGCUAUCUUCUUGGCUACAAAGCAAACUUGGGAGUGAUGGGACUUUGGUCGGGAAUGAUAGCCGGGACAGCACUUCAGACGUUGUUACUGAUGUUUGUUCUGUACAAGACAGACUGGAAUAAAGAGGUUGAGGAGACGACGGAACGUAUGAAGAAAUGGGGAGGGAGCGAGACGACAUCGAAGGAUGUAACUGCGUGA